AUGGUCUACAAGUACGAACCAUUACCAAGUGCUCGAUCCAUCCGGAUCUUAACGCUUUAUCCUGCCGCACAGUAUACAGACCCCAUCGAAUGUACGAUCGAGGCAACAGAGCUUAAAAAAGCCUCAUACGAUGCUCUAUCUUACAGCUGGGCCAUGGACGAAGACGGCGACUAUUCACAGAAUUGGGAGAUCUUCAUUGACGGUAUUCAGCAGUCGAUUACUAGGAAUCUAUCCGAGGGAUUAAGAAGAAUAAGAGUCCGUGAUAAAGAUAUACGUAUCUGGAUCGACGCUGUUUGCAUCGAUCAGGAAAAGAAUGCUGAGAGGUCUGUCCAGGUCGCUAUGAUGGCAGAUAUUUACGCUGGAGCCGAGAAGGUCCUUGUCUGGCUUGGAAAUGGUACUGAUGAGAAGGAAGAUCUAGCUAUGCUAGGUUUAUUCGACCGUAUCAAGCAGCGCACGGAACAGGUAGAGCCGUGGAAGGAACCAAAUUCGAUACAUCAAAACUGCUUCGUUCUUCCUCUCCUUGGCAAGGAUACCUUGCUCUGUUCUGGCUGCGAGGUAGCAUACCAGCAUAGGGAGUUCGGCGAUGGUCAUGUCAGUGACCAUGACGCGCAUGUCGACUGGUUGAAAGAGUCUUUUGGAUCCGACCACUCCCUUGAGCAAACCGCUGUAGAUAGGACCAAUAUGGCAAUGAGAUUCUUCUCUAGGCGGUACUGGAAGCGCCGAUGGAUACUUCAGGAACUGUCUCUUUCGAAUACACAUCACUGGUACUGGGGCCAGCACUUUCUGGAUAUCUCAACAUUUCCCGGAAAAUGGAUCGAGGACCUUGUUCAGGCAAUCUGGCUAGUUGGGUAUGGGGUUAAGGAAACAUCACCGGAUCUUGCUAGAACUGCCGCGAGGGCUUCCCCCUUCAGAACCCGAACAAACGGGCUCUCAGAAUUGUGCAACUCCCAAAACCACGCCAUCAAGAAAAAAAAAUCAUGGGAUUCGUUGUUGAACGACUUUCACUCAUCAGAGUGCUCUGAACCCAAAGACAUGUAUUAUGCAUUGGCAAGCAUGGCCAAACUCAAAAUCCGCAUUGAUUACUCGUUGACGGUUGAACAAGUCUUUCAGCAAUUUGCCGAGACUAUGCUGGACAAUGGCGAAUGGAUAUGGGUGUUCGUUUGUGCUCCAGAAACCCGGAACGAUCCGCAUCGGUUGCAAAUGCCAUCGUGGGUUCCGGAUCCACGCCUGGUAGAUUUUAGUUAUGGAGGACGCAAACCUCCUAUGGGUAUACAGAUAUCUCAAGGGAACUCUUUAGUCUGCGAUGUUCGCUGCCUAGGGGUCUUACGGACGCACGAAGAGUUCAAUGUCGAAAUUGAUCCCCGUUGGGGAACACAUGGCUUCCACGCCGUGUGGGAUGAUGACUUUUGGCAAGUCUGCAGCUCACGUGAGCCAUCAGAUGAGAUCUCGGAGGUCAUUCGGCCUAGUCCUCUACAGCUUCGGAUCCAAUCUAACAAGGCACUCUCUGGUGAUAUACUUUGCUCGUGCUUAGAAGAGCUGACAGAUUCCGAAAUAUGGAUAAUCCUGCGUCUCAAGCCCGAGACGACUCAAGAAUACGAGCUUGUUGGGUGGCAACAAUCACGUCGCGCGCUCUUAGAAUCAGUACCUAAGGAACAGCAUGAGCAAAGCUUUUCUAAAUGCCCCAAAAUCAAGAUGCGGAUUGUUUGA